AUGAGAAUUGCAAACUGGGAGGUAGAUAAAAUACUGAUAGACGGAGGCAGCUCAGCCAAUAUCAUAUACAUCAGUGCGUUCAAUGAGCUGAAGUUGGACAGAAAAGACCUGAAGAGAGUAAACUACGAGGUCACCGGGUUUAAUGGCUCAAGGCUUACUCCAAAAGGCAUAAUCGAACUCUCAGUCCGGGUAGGAGAGAGGUCAAGAAGGCGUGAUGUCCAAGCAGAAUUUCUCGUGAUAAACUCCCCUUCACCCUACAAUGUAAUCAUGGGAAGACCGCUCAUCCACAAGAUAGGCGGGGUGGUAUCCACUUACCACCUGGCCAUGGCUUACACAAAUAAUGAGGGUUGGUUAGCAAAGCUCAGUGGAAGCCAGAAGACAACCCAACAAUGUUACAUAACUGCCUUAAAGCAGCCUGCCAAAACUAGACAGCAGUCCGGUUCCGAGAGAAGGCUCCCUGAGAAACGUGAGAGGAAGUCGAGGAAAAGGAAGCGUGAAGAGUAUCACAAGGAAAAACAUAAACAGAAGUUGGCAAUGGAAAACUUCGAGCCUGCAAAAGAAGAAAUGGCCAGACCACUUCCCAGCGGGGAGCAUGUCACAGUCGAGCUCACAGAAGAUGAGAUGCCCGAAAUUGACCCAGCAGUCAUGGUGCAUAGGCUGAAUGUGAAGGAGGAUAUUAGGAUAGUCAGGCAGAAAAAGCGAAGCUUCUCCGCGGAGAAAAACCAGGCAAUCCAGGAAGAGGUGGAAAACCUCAUGGAAGCAGGAUUUGUUGAACCCCGUGACUAUCCAGAAUGGUUAGCCAACGUGGUCAUGGUGAAGAAGGCAAAUGGCCAACGGAGAAUGUGUGUUGAUUUCACGGAUCUUAAUAAGGCCUGCUCGAAGGACUGUUAG